CUGGAUGUCUUACUAUCAAGCCGAGCAUAGCCGAGAGCAUCCCAUGUGAAGGGCUCGGCUCGUAACACCAUGCCUAAAAUGGUACGAGACCAAAAUGCUUGGAACUUGGGAACCGAGACAGAUCAUCGAAAUGUCUAGUUUCACAAACAAAGAAACUUUGCUGCAGCUCAUGGAUGAUCAACUCAGAGCUGAGCAUACAGAGAUCGAAGAUGCAGCGUCAAUUAUUCAGGAUGAUUUGGAAUCACAGCAAGAUUCAGCGGAUGAUUCUCUGCGAGCAAAAGAUUUGCAACACGACGAAAAUUUCUCGGACAUUGCUGAUGCGUUGACCAGAGAAUCAUGUGAGGUUGAACAACUUAUUGCAGCUGGGGGAGAACAAUUAUCAAAAACUGCUCGACAAGGUGAAUUCAUUUCGCAUCCGGUAGUUUGGGCAUUCAUAGGUUUGUUGACCCCGAAAAGGCGCACCGUCGAACUGAUAGAACUAUGCUAAUGUCUGAUGCAGGUACAACUCUGCAGAUAUGGCUUGCAGUAUAGAUGCAGGUCUUUUAAGGAUUCUGGCGAUGCUUGAAGGAGCGUUAAU